AUGGUUGGGGCAGAAAAGAGUAUACUGCAAAAGCAUAUAAACUUGCCUCACCUUCACCACCAUAGAAUUAAUAACAGAAAGAAGCAACAAGUGAGAGAUGUUCCAAAAGGGUGUUUGGCUAUAAAAGUUGGGCAAGGUGAAGAUGAGAAACAGAGAAUUGUGAUCCCUCUUGUGUAUUUCAAUCAUCCAUUGUUCAUGAAGUUGUUGAAAGAUGCAGAAGAAGAGUAUGGCUUCGACUACGAAGGCAGGAUAACCAUUCCUUGCCAUGUUCAGGACUUUCGAUAUGUUCAGGGCAUGAUCGAUGAUGAUAUGGAGGAGCAUCACACUCACCACCAUCAUGUUGGCUGUUUUAAGUUAAGCUAG